AUGCAGCCUCCAGCAAACAAGCCCGCGCCCGCUAUCCCAUACUUCACCCCUGCGCAGGUCCCUGCUGCAGGCACAGCAUUCGACCCCCAGCCUGAUGGAACACCUAUACCAAAAUUGUUCCAGCCCAUCAAGAUUAGAGGAACAACAUUUCAUAAUCGUAUCUUCUUAUCUCCACUGUGUCAAUACUCUGCAGACGACGGUCAUCUCACGUCCUGGCAUAUGGCGCACCUGGGCGGCAUCUUCACGCGGGGUCCUGGCCUUUCUAUAAUUGAAGCCACCGCGGUCCUCCCAGAGGGUCGUAUCACCCCUGACGACUCAGGACUCUGGAAAGACAGCCAAAUAGAGCCACUCCGCAAGAUAGUCGAGUUUGCCCAUUCACAAAACCAAAAAGUUGGCAUUCAGCUUGCCCAUGCCGGCCGGAAAGCAUCCACGGUUGCGCCGUGGUUGUCCAUGGGUCUUGCAGCAACUGAGAGCGUAGGCGGAUGGCCAGACAACGUAUGGGGGCCUUCUACGGUUCCUUACCACGAAGCCUUCCCUGUGCCUAAGGAGCUAUCGAAGGCGCAGAUUAAGGCGGUCAUCGUCGCAUUUGUAGAUUCUACGAAGAGAGCGUUGAAAGCUGGCAUUGACGUCAUUGAAAUCCACAACGCACAUGGUUAUCUGCUGUUCUCUUUCUUGAGUCCCGUCAGCAACACACGCACGGACGAAUAUGGUGGAAGCUUCGAGAACCGCAUUCGUUUAACUCUUGAGGUCGUGGAUGCUAUCCGCGACGUCAUCCCUGAAGACAUGCCACUCUUCCUGAGGGUAUCUGCGACUGAAUGGCUCGAAGAAGCCCUUCCACAUGAACCAUCCUGGCGUUCCGAGGAUACCGUCAAACUUGCGGGUAUCCUUGCCGAGCAUGGUGUUGACUUCCUCGACGUCUCCAGCGGCGGCAGUCACCCAAAAGCCAUCAUGAAACUCGGCCCAGCUUACCAAGCGCCGUUCGCACAGGCAGUCAAACAAGCUGUUGGGGAUAAGCUUGUUGUCGGGUCUGUCGGCUCAAUUACCGAUGGAAAGAUCGCCCAAGAAGUGCUUGACAAAGGUCAAGCGGAUGUCAUCCUGGUUGGACGGCAAUUCCAAAAGAACCCGGCGACUGUUUGGGCAUUUGCGUCCGACGUUGGCGUCGCGAUCAAGCUAGCGCAUCAGAUUGGGUGGGGCUUUGGGGGUCGGGGUAAAUCUCACAAGAAGAUUGACUGGUGA